AUGGUGUCCUUCCGUAUGCCUGUGCGAGCAAGUUGGUGCACCCUUCUGGGUGGUUGGAUCGUAGCCCAUCUUCUUGGUGCGGUGAUCGGAACGAAUCUACUGACCAGCUUCGAAGUACGCCAUGGAUAUAUCUAUCCCCCGAGUGUGACCGUGGCGGAAGGUGAAGUGAUGCAUUUGCGCUUGCUCGUGCCGAUGCAAGAGGGUGAUCGUUGUUUGUACCGCGAGCCCGGUUCACCGACGGACGUCGACGUGCACGGUGUUGCCGGGAGUGAUCCACUCAUUCGCCGGAACAUUUCGCAAGGAAAAGCUCUGCGCUUUGGUGACACUGAAUGCAGCAUACGCGUUAGCCCGGUGCAUCAACGGGAUGGUGGUUUUUGGCGGCUGACAUUAGUACGGGGCACCGAACGGAUACGGGGCGUAACGAUGGUGGACGUAAUCGAACGCCCGGCCGUGCCGGAAAUUGGGAUCGGAAGCGGUGGCGGUGGUGCUGUGAGUUCCCUCGAUGAAAUAGGCCCCGAACGUACCGAGUACUGUUUCGUGCUGCGGCAGGAUAUGGCCAGCGAAGGUGCGUACAGUGUGCCAAUGUACGAACGGUGCCAUUUGCCGCUGAGCGAAACCGACCCAACAGGGGCAGGUGUGUGGAGCGUGAUUGCCGGAGUGCAGGGACAAAUGCGCGAGAUGACAUACGGAAUACAUAUCGAGAAUAAAGCGGAACAAAUCGUAACGACAGUCCACCGGGAGUCGGACUAUCACGUACUGUCGUGCAAUCUAAUGUACACCAAGUUGACGCUCAAGUUCUGCCGCUUCGUACGACUUGCGGACGGGUUGGGGUUGAACGUCAUCCCAGGCAUUGGGACACCACGCUACGGCUACAUCGGGGCCGGGUUCGAACGCAACGAGUGUGGGCUGGAAAUUCUUGGCCCGGAAGGACUCGACAAGGGUACGUGGAAGUGUUUGCUCGGUUACGGCGACGAAUCGCUCACGAAGGUGUCCGGUGCGAUCGUGGACAGUUCCGACAUUAAUCCACCAUUAGCCAUCAUGCGGCCGGAUGAGAUGGUAACGGCACAGAACGGCACCGUGACAUCGUUGCAGUGCAACGCUAACAAACCGAUCGAUUACUGCUGGUUUCGGGGACCGCACGGACAAUUCUACUCGCUCUCGGAGAGCCUCACGGCGGAGCAUAACGAUGCGCACUACUGGUACAGUGGCAUUUCGCUAGAGAUGGGCGAAUGUGGCAUUACGUUCGCGAACAUUUUCGACCACGAACAUGCCGGCCAGUGGCACUGCUAUGUGGGAAGUGGGCGCGUUUCGGCACUGGAAGUUUCCGCCAUGUUUCAGGUGCGCGUAUCCGCGUCGCAGAUGAUUUCCCAGUCCGAGCGUGUGGAGGUGGGUGUUGAUUUUCCGGCCCUGCUCGGUUGUGAUUCGAUUCCGCGCGGUACACCGCUGCAGUACUGUCGCUUUGUAACACCGACCGGGCAGGCGUUCAGCCUGAACGAAAACAUCACCACCGAUCGGCCCAUCCUCGGGCGGUUCUACUCCAAUCCGAACCAUAACAUAGCGAAGGGUUCCUGCUCGCUGGUGAUUGCUUCGGUGCGGGCGGAAGAUUUCGGCCAGUGGAUCUGUGCCGGCAAGAUUGAGGGACAUCCGAUGGAACACAUUUAUGGCAUUGUGCUGCACAAUCGCGAUGAAAAAGGGUCCACCGACGCGGAACCGGAGGGGGCCACACUUUCGGCGGCUUCCAUUAGCGGUAUGGUGAUUGGUGCGGUGGCCGUAAUCGGAGGUGCCGUUGCCAUCGGUUACUGGCAGUUCCGGAAACGUUUGCACCGGCAAACGGUCACUGCGAACGAAGAAAUUCAAAUGCGAACGAUCGAAUCGCAAGAAGGGCCAGCAGCAACGGGACAAAGGAUUAGUAUCAUCAGCACGAGAAGCGAGAGCAGCAGCACAAACAGUCAAACAAAUCUGUAA